UUGGCCGGACUCCGUGAGGGCGACCGCAUAAUUGAGGUGAACCUGGUCAAUAUUGCCAAUGAGAACCACCGACAGGUCGUCGAGCGCAUCAAAUCCAUCCCCAAUGAGACCAAACUGCUGGUGAUCGACGAGUUGGCCGACAAGUGGUACAAAGAGAACAAGAUUAUCGUCAAGAGCACCCAGUCCAAUGUCAUCCACUAUAAGACACCGGUUCCCCGACCCGGCAAAGACACCGACGCACCCACCCCUCAUCCCGACCCUCCCACCGAUGAUGUGCCCAAUGGUAAUGGUGUCCAAAAUGGCGAUAAUGACAGCCAUUCCACGGUUGAGUCCAUUCCGGCCAAAGUCGAUAUCGAAGUGAGCGCUAAGACUAACGGAUCCAUUAAUGGCAGCAAUGGUAGAGAGGAUUCGCUCGUUUCGGCAUUGGCAUACAUCGGACAGACAUAUGAUCUGUAA